UCGGAGUUUCCAACGAAAAAAUUGGAUUUUGAAAAAUAAACUCAGGUGAUACGUAGGACCUAUUGAUCUAUUAUCCGCUAUAAUUAUUAAUUUUUAAUUAAUUAAUUAUGUUAAUUCUAAGAAGAGUAAAAAUGCUUUUAAUAGCAAAAAGUGAUUAUUCACUACAAAAAAAAUUUUUUAAGACGAUUUCAUCAUUCUACCUUAUUCUCCCCAAUCAAAUUACUCUCCAGGCAUUCCGAAAAUGCAUACAAAACACUCUAAAAGUAUAAUAAAAUCAAAUACAUAAAAUAAAUAUUUCCCAGCCGAAUGAUCUCUUCAUUAGUCCCUCAUUACCGAGUGCAUACGGCCCUGGUAGUAUGCACCAGACUCGCCUUUAUGGAUCACAGCCACGAAACGGUGCAAGAUAACAGUUUUGCAGUUUUGCCCUGACAAGAGGGAGACAAAAAACCAUAACGUGGGUGGGACGGUAUCAGUGUCCAGUUUCCGGGUAAAAAAGAUAUCUCCAUAUCCGUUUUUCCCCUUUCCAUCUACUCCGAAAAGGCGAAUCCUUAAAAAUUCCAAAAAUUUUCGAAAAGUCCAGGAUCACCGAUCGCUCCUCUCCACCAUUCUUUUUUUUUUCAUUCAGGUUUGGUCGUGAAGGGAGAAGAAAGGUCGGGGCCUUUGAGUGCCGUGGGGACACACGGCGUAGGAGAGAAAACGUGACAGAGAGAGUCGAGAUUGAAAGAGGACAGAUGGUGGCCGCAGACCUCUUCAGAGAACACGCUCUUUCAUUCCCUCCACACUCUCAGUUUACUCUCCACCUCCAGUUUUCCUAGUUGCCUUCUACCGUGUAUGUGGGCGCAGUUUAGGCCUCUCCUCGGUAAAUACAUCCGAUAAAUUUGCGUGCCUCUUCACAGUCAUCGUUGGUCAUCGUGAGCUUUUGCAAAUAUCACUGGGGGCUCAUUCGCACGUGUACCUUUGACAUCUCAGCGCUGGAGGGAAUCGACCGCUCAAAGUACUCCAUCAAAAGUUUCUCUGAUCUACCUCUUCCGGUCACCUAGAUCUUCCAAUAGAUGAAUUGCUGAUGGAUUAGAUGGGCCCAAGGAUGUGUAGUUGUUACCAUUGAUGAGUGUAGCCGAAGCGACGGAGGAAAAAGUAGAAAAUAAAAAUCACAGAUAGUGAGAGAAACAGAGAGACAGAUUUAGUGGAGCGUUCAGUCAAGCUCGGGAGCCGCUGCCGGUCGCAUGGAAAAAGCUCGUCGAUUAAACAAUCGAUAUUGAGAUCGCUAUUGUCAAUUGAGAGGUAAUGAUGGGCAGGCGAUUAUUGCUGCUGGCAAUAACUUGCCUCCCUCUGUGCCUGGCAGAACCAGAUCCCUCGGAGGAAUUGUAUCACCGAAUACCUCAUAAUCGAGGAGAUGUCAAGUGCUACGACGAGUCAGGAAGGCCUCAGAGGUGUAUCCCACCCUUUGAAAAUGCCGCGUUCAAUCUGGAGAUCGAGGCAACGAAUACGUGUGGACAGGAUGGAAAGCCCACGGAGUUCUGCAAACAGACACGUGUCCAGGAGAAAUCCUGCGACAGCUGCAGAUGGGGGGAUCAUCCAGCAAUAUAUUUGACUGAUCAGGACAAUAACGAGAAUGCGACAUGGUGGCAAUCAGAAACAAUGUUAGAAAAUGUUGAUUACCCAAAUCAAGUGAAUCUCACUCUACAUUUGGGGAAAACGUUUGAUAUAACUUAUGUGAGAGUCCUCUUCGAGACACCCAGGCCUGAGAGCUGGGGAAUUUAUAAGCGGAAGAAUGAUAAAUCCGACUGGGAGCCUUAUCAAUAUUAUUCGGCGUCUUGCAGAGACUUGUAUGGGCUCCCCGAUUCCAAGGAAACUGUUCGAGGUGAUGACACCAGAGUUCUCUGCACUUCCGAGUACUCCGAUAUUUCUCCAUUGACCAAGGGAACUGUUGCAUUCUCCACCCUCGAGGGAAGACCCUCCGCUUUUCAAUUUGAUACCAAUCCGGCACUACAAGAAUGGGUACAAGCAACAGACUUACGUAUCACCCUGGACCGUCUGAACACCUUCGGUGACGACGUCUUCGGAGAUCCAGCGGUAUUAAAAUCUUAUUACUACGCAAUUACGGAUAUUGCGGUUGGGGCCCGCUGUGCCUGCAAUGGACACGCUGGAGUUUGUGUCUCAUCCUCCGAUGGAAGUACUCGAAGGGUUUGUCGGUGUGAGCAUAAUACUGCUGGCCCAGACUGCAAUGAGUGUCUUCCAUUCUACAAUGAUGCACCCUGGGGCCGUGCAACGCACACUGAUGCUCACGAGUGUAAAGCUUGUAACUGCAACGGGUAUUCGGACAGAUGUUAUUUUGACAAAGACUUGUAUGCGAGAACUGGCCACGGUGGUCACUGCAUAGAUUGCAAAGCCAAUCGGGCUGGUGCCAACUGUGAAAAGUGUAAAGAAAAUUACUACGAACGCCCUGAGGACAAUUUUUGCAUCGCGUGUAACUGCAACGAAAUAGGUUCCAGAAGUCUGCAAUGCAACAGCGCAGGAAAAUGCCAAUGCAAGCCAGGCAUAACCGGUGACAAAUGUGACCGGUGUUCUCCGAAUUUCUACAACUUCGACUCAAUCGGCUGCACAUCCUGCGAUUGCAGUCCAAAAGGUUCCCUGGGAAACGAGCCAAGCUGCGACCCUCAAACCGGUACCUGUUCCUGCAAGGAGAAUGUGGAAGGCAAACGUUGCCGCGAGUGCCGGCCAGGUUUCUUCAAUCUGGCCCUGGAAAAUGAAUUCGGUUGCACCCCCUGCUUCUGCUACGGCCACUCGGCCAUCUGCAGGCCAGCAAACGGCUACUCGAAAACAGUGAUCGAGAGUAUGUUUGUGAGAGGUAACGAGCGCUGGUCGGCGAACGUAGUGGGUACCACACUUCCCCUGCACUACGACGCAGUCACCCAGACAGUUCAAGUAUCAGCUCCAGAUCGUGACAACGUGUACUUCGUGGCGCCUGACAGAUUCCUGGUGGAUCAGCGAGCAUCUUACAAUCAGCACCUGUACUUUACCCUACGAAUCGGUGAGACUGACCCAGCGGCAACAGCCAGAGACGUAAUCCUGGAAGGUGGUAACGGAGAGCAAAUAACACAGCCGAUAUUCGGCCAGCAGAACCGCCUGCCCACAGUGACACCUCAAACGUACAAAUUCCGUCUCCACGAGCAUCCGAACUACGGCUGGCAGCCCCGGCUCUCGGCACGGGACUUCAUAUCAAUCCUCUCAAACCUGACAUCCAUAAAAAUCCGAGGAACAUACACACACCAGGGCAGAGGCUUCCUGGACGACGUGCGUCUAGAGACAGCGCUGAGAGGUGCUGCUGGACAAUCAGCCGACUGGGUGGAGCACUGUCAGUGUCCCCACGGUUACGUCGGCCAGUUCUGCGAGUCCUGUGCUCCUGGCUUCCAUCACGAACCCCCCAAUGGUGGUCCCUUCGCCCUCUGCGUCCCCUGCAAUUGCAACGGCCAUGCAGAUAUCUGCGAAGCCGAGACAGGCGCCUGCAUCUGCCAGCACAACACAGCUGGCAGCAAUUGUGAGCUCUGCGCCCGUGGAUUCUAUGGACAUCCUCUCAAAGGCACUCCGUAUGACUGCCAGGCCUGUCCAUGCCCUGAUAACGGUCCAUGCAUCCUCUUGGGAAACAAUCCAGACCCAAUCUGCUCCGAGUGCCCGUCUGGGAGAACUGGGGCUCGAUGUGAGACCUGCUCAGACGGAUAUUUUGGUAAUCCAGACAGGGGAAUUGCCUGCAGGCCCUGCGAGUGCAAUGGCAACAUCGACCUCAACGCCGUGAGAAAUUGUAAUCACGAGACAGGGGAGUGUCUGAAGUGUGUGAAUCACACAGCUGGAUUCCACUGCGAGGACUGUCUCGCCGGGUACUGGGGUGAUGCUCUAUCUGAUAGACGAGAGGACGGGUGCAAAUUGUGUCAGUGCUUUGCCCCAGGAACGAUGGAGACUGAGACUGGAGCUGUGGCUCCGUGUAAUCAAUUGACCGGUUACUGCGCCUGCAAACCCCACGUCAUUGGAAAGAACUGCGACAAGUGCGAGGAUGCGUACUACCAGAUUCUCUCCGGGGAUGGUUGCACUGCCUGCAACUGCGACCCUGAGGGCUCCUACAACAGAACUUGCGACGCCAACAGUGGACAGUGCCAAUGUCGUCCUGGCAUCACUGGCCAACGCUGCGACGCUUGUCUACCUUAUCAGUAUGGAUUUGGCAGGGAUGGAUGCAAGCUCUGUGAUUGUGAUCACAUUGGAUCACAGGAUCUCCAGUGCGAUGCCAGUGGACAGUGUCCUUGCUUGACCAACGUCGAGGGCAGAAGGUGUGACAGGUGCAAGGAGAACAAACACAAUCGUCAGUACGGCUGCGUGGACUGCCCUCCAUGCUAUAAUUUGGUCCAAGACGCUGUCAACUCUCACAGGAGGAGACUUGCCGAUCUCGAGAAUACUCUGAAGAAAAUCAACAGCAGUCCCACUGUCAUCAAGGACUCGGAUUUCGAGAGAGAACUUCAGAAUGUCGAGGACCGAGUGAGAAAUCUCUUGCAGACUACCAAAGCGGGAUCGGGGAGUGAGAAUAAGACGUUGGUGGAGCAGAUAGAGGAAUUGAGAGAUCUCUUGAAUCAAAUCGACAGGAUAUCACAGGGUGUUGACGUUACAGCGACAGAAGCCAAGAGAACGACCAGCGAGGGGCUGACUAGUAUUGACGAGGCUGAGAAUGUUCUCGAUAAAAUUCACGAGCAAUUGACUGAAGCUGAAGAUUUCUUGGCGACUGAGGGAACGUCUGCUCUGGCGGAGGCGAAGAAACGGGCAGAGCAAGUUGGCCAGCAGAACCAGCAGAUGACGAACAUCGCGCAGGAGGCGCGCGUUCUCGCCGAUCUCAACACCAAUGAGGCGAAAAAAAUUCAUGCCCUUGCUGAACAGGCGAGGAACACAUCCCAGGAGGCUUACAAUCUCGCGAAAAAGGCCAUCGCCCAGUACGCAAAUAUCAGCGAGGAAAUCAGAGAGCUGGAUAAUAAAUUGGAGAUUCUGGACGAUCGUUUCAUUGAAAUUAAGAAUCUCACUGGAACAGCAGCUGCCAAAGCCGCUGCAGUGGCAGACGAAGCUGUGGAUCUACUGCUGCUCGACCUAACUGUUCCCACGGUUGAUAUUGAGAAGCUGCAGGACCAAGUGGAGGCCGUCAGCAAUGAAGGCCUGGCCCUCAAAGAAAAGGCCCAACUGAUGCUUCAGGACAACGAAAAAUUGCUGUACGAUUUGGAGCAAAAGAUCCAUAGGGGCGAGGAGCUGUUGAACAAGGCGCAAGACCAGCAGGCAGCCACUGCUGAACUCCUCUCAGAGGUAGACGGUGCCAAUGAAAAGGCCAAGGACGCCGUUAAGAGGGGCAAUCAGACGCUGGCAGAGGCUCAAGAGACGCUGAAAAAAUUGGGUGAAUUUGACGCUGAAGUGCAGAGAGAGAAACUCAAGGCGCAGGAGGCACUUCGUAAUAUUGAGGAAAUUCGGGCUAUGGUAGAGGAGGCAAUACUCAAAGCUGAUGAAACUCAAGUUGUUCUUAAUGGAGCGGAAAAUAAUGCGGCUGGGGCGCGUAAUAUCACUUCUGAGGCCCAACGAAAUGCCGACGAUGCUGGGACGCAUGCCAACGUAAUCAGAACCGAAGCCAAUAAGACAAAAUUGGAAGCAUGGAGGCUUCAUAAUGAAGCUGACAAGCUCCACGCGAGAGUGGAGGCGACGGACUCCAUCGCGAAGAAAUAUGAGAUCAGGGUCGGUGGAAACGUCAAUGUCACGAAUGAUGUUAAUCAUCGCGUGGGCCAGGCUAGGACGAAAGUGGCACUGGCCAGUCAGCAGGUGGAUAAAACGCUUGCUCAGGUGGCGGAAAUCAUCGCAGAGCUCCAGGCCCUACCAGAAAUCGAUGAUGCUGAUCUUAAUCAUCUUGAGGAGCGACUGUCAGCUGCUGAGAAGGAGAUUAAGGCCAUGAAUCUCGAUGAGAGAAUUCGUGCACUAACCGAGGCCAAAAAUCUGCAGACCCAAUGGGUCAAGAAUUACGAGGAGGAGGUAGGGCGGUUGAGAAAUGACGUAGAGAAUAUCGAUGAGAUAAGAAAGGCAUUGCCCACACAGUGCCAAAACCGUUGGCGUUUGGAGCCCUAGGUCGGCUCGUUAAUACUUAAGUUAGAGUCUGUCUAAUCGUCAACCUGCUUUCCUCUUUUUUUCGCCAAUUCAUCAUUGAAUUGAACGAGAGCAUUACGAAAUUUACUACCGAGGGUGCCUAAUCUACUUAUGCAAGAUUAAAUUCAAUUGAAGCAUCUAGUGAAUAUUUCUAUCUAUUGCAUUUUCAGGGAAUCGAAUUAUUCGAUAAUUUGAUGAACAUUAUAAUUAUCUGGCUCUUCCACUGCGCUACUUAAUAGUCUAGAUAAUUCACUAGGUGUUUCCGUUGAAUUUCUUUGUAGAUCAUCGGGGCCCGAUUAUUUUCUCUUCCCUUCGCAAUAUUAAACUCGAUACCAAAGACUUAAAGUAAUCAGCUCUCAACGCAAAUCACGUCUCCUCUUAAUUAAUCAACUGCUUGUUGAUCCUAUCAUUUCGCCUCUGUGUAGAUACAUUGAUGCCUUUCAUCUCUCUGCUGCCUUCAUUAACGUUUUUUUUUUUAGCAUUUCGUCGAAUAAACUACAUUCACAUUUGUAUUUGGUGUAUUGAUCGAUAUACAGUAAGUUUAUGGAAUUUUUGUACUUGAACUGUAGUUUGGAAUGUAGAAUUUAUUAUCGAAUCAAUAAAGUUAAUAUUUUCAACAUA